ACGAAAUACUUCCGGCUUAACAAAGCUUGUCAGGACUACACGAUAUAUACAGGCCUAUAAACUUAUAAAAGACCUGUGGUUUUCUGUUAUCCUAGGCGACUCUGAACUCUUCAUUCAGCAAUACUUUCCUGUUCUUAAAACCAGAUCAAAAAUUAUAAUGAGACUCUUAGAAGUUGGAAUCUUGUUACUCGCCUCGGCGACUGCUGUUGCUGCACGAGUGGCUGCAUGCGCGCUUCCAUCUACAUACCGCUGGAAUUCCACCGGUGCCUUGGCCAGUCCAAAAUCAGGAUGGGCCUCACUAAAAGAUUUCUCCCAUGUUAUCUAUAACGGCCAGCAUCUUGUCUUUGGAUCAUUUCAUGACACUGGAUCAACUUGGGGUUCCAUGAACUUUGGUCUCUUUGGCGACUGGUCUAAUAUGGCAUCAGCAAGCCAGAACAAAAUGACACCCGGCACUGUGGCCCCUACUGUCUUCUACUUUGCCCCAAAGAAUAUUUGGGUACUUGCCUAUCAAUGGGGACCAACUACGUUUUCCUACUUGACGUCAAGCAAUCCCUCAAGCGUGAGUGGAUGGUCAUCACCACAGCCACUUUUCUCCGGCACCAUAUCCGGGGCCAGUGCUAUCGACCAGACAGUCAUCGGUGAUAGUAGCAACAUGUAUCUGUUUUUUGCAGGAGACAACGGCAAAAUCUACAGAGCUAGCAUGCCGAUUGGAAAUUUUCCAGGAAACUUCGGUUCAUCGUCGACCGUCAUCCUGAGCGACUCGACUAACAACCUGUUUGAGGCUGUUCAAGUCUAUUCCGUCCAAGGCCAAAACCAGUAUUUGAUGAUUGUCGAGGCAAUAGGAGCAAAUGGGCGCUAUUUCCGGUCAUUUACGGCAACCAAUCUAGGCGGCACAUGGACUGCACAAACUACAAGUGAAAGUAAACCCUUUGCCGGCAAGGCAAACAGCGGCGCGACUUGGACCAAUGACAUCAGCCAUGGUGAUCUAAUCCGUACCAAUCCUGAUCAGACGAUGACAAUUGAUCCUUGCAACUUGCAGUUCCUGUACCAGGGACGAGCGACCAAUUCCGGUGGCAGCUACGACCUCUUACCCUACCGGCCAGGUCUGUUGACUCUACAACACUAGCGUAAGAUGUUUCUUGUCAAUAAGCUGCCACAUGGCAUCUGGGCUACAACCGUAAGAUGGUCAAGUGCCGAGGUACUUAGUGAAUAGCGGCAAAUAUCCAGGGUAUUGAAGUAAGGGACGAGGUACGGUGAUAUGCCGUCACUCUCUAAAGCUACAUGUAGUUAUCUAUGGCAUUUAUCCCUGCAUAAAUGCGGGGGAUGGUUGAAAUGGAAGUACAUUAUUAUUUAACGCUGCGAAUAUGUAGUGACACCUAAUGUAAUCCUACGGAGAUCAUCGGCGCUUUUGACUGAUAUAGUAGUGGCUUUUCUCGGGAGACUGCCUAGG